AUGGACAGUGCUAAGGAGGUCAGCACUCCAUUAUCUCCCUAUGAUAGUCUUGUACUCAAUGAUGGCUCUCCGCCUACUGAUGCUUCUCGAUUUCGUCAAAUCAUUGGUGGUGGUCUUCAACAUCUCAACCUCACACGCCCUGACAUAUCCUUUGCCGUUAAUAAACUCUCUCAGUUCAUGCAUCAGCCUUCGGAAUCUCACUGGCAAGCCCUCAAGCGUCUCCUUCGUUACUUUAAAGGCACCUUAUACUUUGGUCUUCAUCUUUCUCGCUGCUCCUCUCACCAUCUUUAUGCUUUCUCUGAUGCGGAUUGGGCUGGUAAUCGCGAUGACUGUAAAUCCACUACUGUCUAUGUUGUUUAUCUUGGUGGAAACCUCAUCUCUUGGAGCUCUUGCAAGCAAUGCUUUGUAGCCCGCUCUUCCACCGAAGCGGAAUAUCAUACCAUUACUACCACCACUGCAGAAAUUGUAGGGAUUCAAUUCCUGUUACGUGAACUUGGCAUUUCCCUUCCCGCACCACCGCUCAUUUCCUUGGACAACAUUGGAGCCACAUUUUAUUGUGCUAAUCCUGUUCUCCAUUCUCGCAUGAAAUAUAUUGAUAUCGAUUUUCAGUUUGUCCAGGAUCGCGUCAAUAGUGGUCUUCUUCAAGUUUCUCAUGUUUCUACAGUUGACCAGCUUGCCGACGCCCUCACCAAACCACUUCCACGUCUGCAUUUUCAUCUUCUCCGGUCCAAGAUCGGUGUCUCCGAUGGGACCACCAUCUUGCAGGGGCUUAAAAGGGAACCUUCAUCAAAGGAAAUCACCUCAUCAUCAACGCAAUCAUCUGCAAUCUUUCACCAAAGUCAACCUUGA